UCACGUGGAGCCGCCAUAUUUAAUAAAACAAAUACCCUGCCUGUAAAUUGUUGUUGUUGCUAGUAGGAAAAAUAAUGGAGCCAGGAAAAUCUCAAUGGAGCGACGAGGAGGUAAAAGCCCUCCUUGCUAUUUAUUCAACUGCGAGCGUCCAAAGAGGACUUGUGGGGUCGCAUCACAACAUAAAAAUAUUUGCCGAGAUAAGCGCACAACUGGAGAAGGCUGGGGUUUACCGCAGCGCAAAAAAAUGUAGGGAAAAAAUUAAGAAACUGAAACAGGACUACAAGAAAAUCAAAGACCACAACAACCAGAGCGGGGCAGACAGAAAAACUGGCAAAUGGUAUGAGAUGCUCGACCUCAUAUUGGGCCACAGACCAGCAUAUGGGAACGCAGAAACUAAAGAUUCCUCUGCUUCGCUUUUGCUGUCGUUGACGCAGAAGGAGAACAACCCACCCGCCCAGCUGCUUGAAGACAUCGGUGAAAAAUAUGUUCACCCUGAGUUACAUGAGUCAGAGCUUCCCAACGUUAAAAAGGAAGAAGAAGAGUACCCCAUCAUCGAAGAGGAAGACGAAGCAGAGCCCCUCUACAUGAAAGAGGAAGAGCCAGAGCUUCCCAACUUCAAAGAGGAUUAUAAUGUCACUUUUAUCCCUUUUAAGAGUGAAAAUGAGGAUGAGGGUCCAAGUGAGGAGAACAGAGGAGUGGAAUCUCUAAGCAGCAACUCAAGUCAUCACAUUUCUACAGAAAGUGACGGCAAGCACUGUGGAGCUGAAUCACAAGCCAACAGCCAUAUGGCUCCACUAUCAGACAGUGAAGACCUGAGAUUAGACUCUCCUAAUGGUGAUGAUGAUGACCAGUCUAAAGGUGAUAUGACAUGUCACAAAGGUGUCAAAUGCUUUAAAUGUUUUCAGUGUGGGAAAACAUGUACUUCAAAGGGGACUUUGAACAUUCACAUGAGAAUACACACGGGAGAAAAACCUUUUGCUUGCUCAGUUUGCGGUCAAAUGUUUUCUUACAAGUCUGUCUUAACUAAACACACAAGAAGACACACUGGAGAGAAACCUUUUGCCUGUUUAGUUUGUGGCCAAAGAUUUUCUGUAAAAGACACUUUAACUACACAUGCAAGAACACACACUGGAGAGAAACCUUUUGUCUGUUCAUUUUGCGGUAAUAGCUUUGCAGAUAGGUCAAGUUUAACUGUGCAUACGAGAAAGCACACUGGAGAGAAACCUUAUGCCUGUUUAGUUUGCGGUAAGAAAUUCUCUCAAAAGGGAACUUUACAUGCGCAUUCAAAAAUGCACACUGGUGAGAAACCUUUUUUCUGCUCCGUUUGUGGUCAAAGUUUCACUACCAAGAGAAAUUUAACUACACAUGCAAGAAGACACACUGGAGAGAAACCUUUUGUAUGUUCAGUUUGCGGUAAAUGCUUUGCAGGAAGAUCAACUUUAAAUUUGCAUACAAGAACACACACUGGAGAUAAGCCUUUUGCCUGUUUAGUUUGCGGUAAAAAAUUCUCUCAAAAGGGAACUUUAACAGUGCAUUCAAAAACGCACACUGGUGAGAAACCUUUUUCCUGCUCCGUUUGUGGUCAAAGUUUCAAUAGGAAGGGAAAAUUAACAGCACACACACGGAUACACACUGGAGAGAAACCUUUUGCCUGUUUAUUUUGUGGCCUAAGAUUUUCUGUAAAAGGAACUUUAGCUACACAUGCAAGAAGACACACUGGAGAGAAACCUUUUGUCUGUUCAUUGUGCGGUAAUAGCUUUGCAGAUAAGUCAAGUGUAACUGUGCAUAUGAGAACGCACACUGGAGAGAAACCUUUUGCCUGUCUAAUUUGUGAUAAAAGAUUUUCUGUCAAAUCAAAUUUAAACAUACACACAAAAACACACAUUAAAAAGAAAACACUCAGUUGAGGUGUGCACCUGUUAAAGAUGUUUUAGUUUUUUGUUUCUGCUGGUGAGAAUAGCAGUGGCAAUUUAAAGGAAUAUGAUAAAUGAGAUCCAUGUGAAAGAUGAUAUCUCUAAGACUAAAUAUGAAAAUCACGAAUUUCUUAGAACUUGCAAUGGAGAAAAUAUUGUUUAAACACAAAAAAUGACAGCUCAGCCAUUUUGUGAGGAAUGUCAUACUCUUUUUUUUUUUUUUUUUUUUUUCUGGACUUAACUUGUAGACUGCCAGUCAGGAUGUGUCAGAAUGCCAUAGUAGGCUAUGUGCUUAUUACUUUUUGGCUGCAAGGCAAAUUAAAAUGGCAGUAAAUGAGUAAGUAAGCUCCUAUCUCAGAUAGUUCGAGCGAUGACUGGCAAAUAUUUGACUCUUUGCAAUAAUCCCAUUUGACUGAAACUAUUGUGGCAUUUAAUAAAGUAUGUUAAUUAGACCUACUUACUGGAAAUGUUGGCUUUAAUUGAUGUUUGUCUCCACUAUUGCACAUCAUACAACUGAAAUUCUGCAUUUUUUCAAAUUGAUAAAGGGACUACAUGGGAUUUUUGAGUUGAUUUAAAAUACUUUUGUACUACAUGCAUACUCCACCAAUGCCCUGAUGAGUAGACAGAGCCAUGACAUUUUAACUGAGACUGCCCCAAAAAGCCCUUUUUCUUACCUUCAAUAGGAGACAAUUGGGGUCAAAACUCUCUGGGUGAACACGCCCCUGUACAUGUCCACGCGCGUCUCCACGGCAGCAGCCCAGUUUCACUGAGCCUCUGCCUAGUCUCCUCUUGGCAAAAACACUUUUCAAACCCACAUAAGACUUGCAACUAAGUGUUUUUAAGUUUCUGGCGCUGAUUUGAUGGGCCAAACGCUUGUUGCUUCAUGUUCCUGCUCGUACAACGUACUUUUAUUUAAUCUGUUCUUAUUUUUACUUUUAUUGUCUGGAAUGGAGGUAUCAGCCUGAAGGAGAAAAAUAACAUUACCCUCAUUGUUAAGGUGGCUGAUGGUAGAUGAUAAUAGGCUGUCCACUGGUCUCCUUAACUGAUAUUUAUGAGAAGCAGGUUAUGAGGAAGGCAAAUGAAAUACUAGAUUGUGCAGAUUAUCCCCUUUUGUUCGUUUGAGGUCCUCCCUUCAGGCAGGAGAUUCAGAGUCCCUUGUUUUCCCUUGCCCAACAGGACAAAGAACUCCUUUUUACCAAAUGCGAUUAGGCUGCUAAAUUUGCACAAUUCUUUCACAGAGAUGCGAUGCUGUCUAUAGCAUUUUUCUAAUCGUAGUCUUCGUGAUUUUAUGUGUAUGUGUUAUCCGUGUGUUUACCUGCUGUAAGAUAAGUUUCCCCUUCUUAGGGGACGAUAAACUUGAACUGAACUGAACUGUACAAGCAUAUGCGCCAUGCACGAGCUGCAGUUACGCUUUAGGCUGGAGGUGGGAGUCGCAACUAAACAAGUGAAAAACACCGUACAGCAUAUAACGUCUUUCUAUUGGCAUGCGCUGAAGGGCGUAGGUUUGCAUAGGGACGGUUGGGACAAAACACUACCAACUUUUCAGGAUGCUCAAAUUGUCCCCACCAACUUUUAAGCAACCUUAUUUGCGUUAUAUAAUGAUUUCAGUAAUAUAGGUCAUCCCAUAUGUUUUAAUUGUUGUAAUUGACACCACCAUUAUUAAGUGAAUUUUUUUCAUUAUGUUUAGAUUUACAUGUACAUCUUUUUCCCCCCUCCUAAACGCACAUUUGAUUGGCUGAUGACUUAACCCUCACACACACAUGCACAUUAGAUAUUAGACAUGAGAAGUUUUUUUUUCAGCCAGCAGCAGUCACUGUUAGAAAUGUAAAAAGACAUUGUUUUCGAAGUGGGGAACACACCAUUAAUUUUGCUACUGUAAGUUUGACCUGCAUCAGUGUUAGCAUAACAUUAAACUGUGUGAACUUGAAAAACUCAAGUAGGAAGCUGCUUCGAGAGAAGUGUCCUUCUCUUUGUGUUUUCUACUGUUAAGAUUAAAUAAACUGAGAAAUGUAGUGAACUCUUCUGAAAAUUAUGGAUGUCAGGGAAAUUCAACUUUGAACUCCAAGACAAGUGUCAACUCGAUAGCUCGAUAAGGAAUGAAUCAGACCCCAACCAUGGAUUGCUUUGCUUCGAAGUCUUUAUGAACAAGAGCUCUCGGGUACAGACGCAGAGCCACGCACUAAGCGUCUUCUCCGCAUGUGGACAGAAGAGAAAUGCAGGGCAUGCCUCUAUUUAUAGGUUGACAUCAUAGAAAAAAAACUGAAACUUACUAUAGCAUAUCCUGGUAAAAACAUCUCAAGUUACAAAAACAUCCUCUAUUAGGGGAAAAAAACAACUCAAGUUAUGACCUUGAACACCGACUCUGGCUAGAACGAUGAUGAGCUCAGCCUGAUAAGCCACAGUCGCCCAUUGUAUUCAUUCAGGGCAUAUUGGAAAACACAGGAACAUAACAGUCCAUAUUUGGGCAUAUUGAGAUACAGUCUACAACAGUCAAGUCUAUGGGAAGGCACACUCAAACAGAUUAAUAUAACAAUGAUGCUGUAUGCUACAAAGAUCUCAUGCAAGCAUAACAAAAGCAUACAAAAUAUGAUGUAAUAUGGUUGUGUUUUAAGCAUAAAUAAAAAUCACUCACAAUGGAACUAGAAAAAUGUUAGCAAGAAGCUGCAUAGAGAGGAGUGCUGCAUGUGUAGCUCACACAACACAACAUAAAACAUAAUUAUGUACAUUUUUUUUAAAAAUGUGUUUUGGGGGGGGGGGGUGCAAGCUACCCACACUAGCUUUGCGAUUGACUGGUCGAUUAUGAUCGAUGUCAUAAGCACUCCUGAUUUGGCAUAUCAAUUGAUUAGGUUCAUAUUCGUGAGAAAUGUAGCCCUCACCUCCGUUCACCCAAUCUGUUUGGUCUUAUUAAUGUCCCAUCCCGAGCAAAAAGUGCAUAUGCAGGUUAUGCUGUAAUAUCGUCCCUACCAAUGUUGAGACUAAAGCUACACCCUUGCAUGCACUUGAUUAAAGUGUUGUCUUCCGCUUUAAGCUAAAAAUGUGAAAUUUCUCUUUGUAAAAAAAUAUAAAUCAUGGAAAACAACCGUGAGAUGUAUGACAAUUUGAACAUUUCAUGGAAAGAAAAGCUGUUGUUUUGUGUUCUCUUUCCUUAGGCUGUAUUGAUUUUAAAAAACCCACCAUGACAGGAUGGGUACUUUUGGAACUACAUUUCUCAACAUAUAGCAAAGAAAUGUCUCAUUUGAUAAUGUAUUGACAGCAUCCACAAAGAUGAUUUCAUUCCUUAAUCUAUUUUGAUUUCAGUUACCUACUGUUACCAACACAUGUAUCAAAGUAAAGACUCUAUCUUUGCUCCGGUCAAUGGACCCACAUGGUAAUGAUGUAACAAGAACAUGCCAACUUUGUUCAUAUUCCAAAUGUGAGUAGUAAUAUAGGAGAACUCAAAAGUGCUUCACACGUCGAGAAGAAAUUGUGGAACUUUGCCGCCUGUCAAUUCUUUCUUUGUUUUCAGUUGUCUCCAUUGAUCGAAAGCAUCUCCAAUGCAUAUCCUUGUCUUAAUUUCUGAUUUUCUUAUGACUAAGGUUGCAACAACUAAUUGAUUAAAUCGAUUGUUGCCGACAGCUAUGAGUAGUCCAGUUUGAGUUCUUGUUUGUGUGUAAUGUGAGGCUGCGCACGCAUACCAGUGAUAAGAGGAAGAGAGAGAGAGUUCACUGCUACACUCGGGUUGCUUAAUCAAUAAUACAGUAUUACGAAGUGUCAAUUUUAGAUUGUCUUUUGUGUUGCUGGGGCCAAUUAUGUUUUUUGUAUUCUUCAUUGAUGAGACGUUACUAUUUGGCACGGAGCGCUAAACUAGUUAGUUAUUAGAUCCCGUCCCCA